CCGACCGUGGCAGAUAAUCACAGGCCACUGAGAGGAGGACACACCUGCCACAGUUUUACGGGGAUGCGUUUUGACUCACAAAAAGGUUCACGGUUUGACUCGUCAAGUUUUUCCUUCUAGCAAUUUUGCAAUUUUUGCGCGCAUAGGCUCCUAAGCUGCGGUGUUCCCAAUCCAAGAUGACGGGGGUUUUUGAGAACCUGAACGCAGAUAUGCAUUCGAACCAGAUUACCUCAAACAGUUACCACAGCUUGCAUAAAUCGCAGGAGUCCCCGACUCUGCCGGUCUCCACGGCGACGGACAGCAGUUUUUACAACAACCAGCAGCCAGGCCAUUGCGCUGGGUCUCCUUUUGGCCAGCUCGGCUCCUACCAGUACCACGGCAGCGCCACGGGCUCUGUCCCAUAUCCUAACGCAAAGUCAUACGACCUUGCCUUUAAUUCUUCGUAUGGUGCAUACGGCUCUUACGGUUCCAACUCCUCUCCUACUCCAGCCGAGACAGAGAAAGAAGAAAGCGAGCCAGAAAUCCGGAUGGUUAAUGGAAAACCAAAGAAGGUCAGGAAACCUCGAACCAUUUAUUCCAGCUUCCAACUGGCUGCUCUUCAGCGCAGGUUUCAAAAGACCCAGUAUUUGGCUCUGCCAGAACGGGCCGAGCUGGCAGCUUCACUGGGCCUUACGCAAACACAGGUCAAAAUCUGGUUCCAGAACCGCCGAUCCAAGUUCAAGAAGCUGUGGAAAAGCGGAGAGAUUCCCCCAGAGCAACACGUUGCUUCCAGUGAAUCUCCUCCGUGCGCGUCUCCGCCGACUACCGCCUGGGACUUUCCACAGACUCCGAGAAUGAGCAGUGUCGGCUCCAGUUUACCUCAGAGCAGCGGCAGCCCUUCCAACACGACUUCGUCGUUUUUGGCAAACUACUCCUGGUAUUCAACUACGAACUCUACAACGCAUCUGCACCCUCCUCUGGUUCAGCAUCACCACAACUCAGCCAUAAGCGCUGGGACGAUAUUCUGAGACAAAAAAACAAAACAUUGGUUUUAAAACGGACAAUAAAAAAAUGCCAAUACCUUGAUUUCACAGACCUCGUGUGCGUCUUUACGCGCAGAAACUAGCAGAAAUGAACGAAGCAAGACAGGUUCAUGGACUAGUUUUGAUGCUGGUGAAGUGAUAGACACAGAUUUCUACACUUAUUUUUGUAUUUAUUUAUUUUCUUCGUGUGAGGGAUGAAUGAACCACUAUUACCCAAAGCAUUCACAACCUGGCCACGAGCCUACCUUUACGCGGACGUCACUUUCUUUUGACAUUUUUUGAAAAAACAACAAAAAAACGACUUUUGACAUCAGGACAGCCUGUCACAGAUGUAGCGCAAAUUAUAUCCUAACUGUAUCGUGCCUUUUGCAAUAUGACCUCAUUUUGUUCUGCGGGAAAAUAGCGUAUUCACUCCUCAAAUAGCUUAGUUGAUAUGAAUAUACAGGAAGGUUAAAUGUCUUUGUAAAUAGCCUAUUUUAUCACAGCUUUUUUUACAGUCCAUGUUGCUCUGAAUCUUCUCUUAAGGAUGUUGGUGCAAACUCAUUAAUCACCGUACAAGCUACUGAUUGUUCCACCCCCUGAUUAACUUGGAUUGCAUUUUAUUGUGUUUUUGUCUUAUUUAUUUUAGCAGUGUUUCAUAUAUGGUCAGACGUUAUUUAAAUAAAAUGUUUCCUGUGAUUAUG